UGACUAAGAGCAAGAAUAACAUAAUAGAAUAAGGAAUACUAGAGAGGAACCAGAUUAGUUUUUAUUAAGAACUAAGAACGAUUGGCGGCGUUAGUGUUGGCAUAUUUGCAUCCGCUUACUGAGAGAACAGGUAAUAUUAAUAUUCAAUACGGACGAAGUAUAGAUGUACAAGAAGUAUGAAAUAUGGCGUCUGCGUUAGAAAAUUUGGAAACUCAAUUGGAGCUUUUUAUUGAAAAUGUUAGGCAAAUACGUAUUAUAGUAAGUGAUUUUCAACCACAAGGACAAAAUGUACUGAAUCAAAAAAUUCAAGGUUUAGUAAAUGGUUUACAAGAAAUAGAUAAGCUUAAGUCUCAAGUUCAAGAUGUUCAUGUACCUUUGGAGGUUUUUGAUUACAUUGAUCAAGGAAGAAAUCCACAAUUGUAUACCAAGGAUUGCAUAGAAAAGGCAUUAACUAAGAAUGAACAAGUAAAAGGAAAGAUUGAUGCUUAUAGAAAAUUUAAAGCAAACAUGCUUGUAGAAUUAACUAGAGUUUUCCCACAUGAGUUGGCUAAAUAUAGAGCUAUACGUGGUGAUGAAUGAACCAAAGGUGCAUGAUACAGGAUAACACAAUGUUUCAUUGUUAAUUUUUUUACUAUAUCCUAAUUACUUGUACAAUAAAUAUUUAUUA